UGCAACAUCAAAAAAACAAAAAAAAACCUUUAUGUGAGGGUUAUAAAAACCUAGUUGAAUUUUAAUUCUUGUGGUUUAAUACAAAAAUUAAUUAAGCAUCAAUGGAAGUCACAACAAAUCCAAAUUUAUCUGUUCAUAUAGAUGUCCAAUGUAACAUUUUUACGUGUGAUAUUUGUGUUGAGGAAAAAUCUAUAGUUGAAAUCUUCAAAAUUAUGGGAUGCAAUCAUUCUUAUUGCAAAAAUUGCAUUGUUAAGUAUAUAUCUUCAAAACUCCAAGAGAACAUUUCUCGAAUUUCGUGCCCCGUUACGGGUUGUAACGGGGAACUGGAACCGCAAAAUUGCGGUUCCAUAUUGCCUAACGACGUGUUCGUUAGGUGGGGAGAUGCGUUGUGUGAGUCGAUGAUUUUGGUGUCAGAGAGAUUUUAUUGUCCGUUUAAGGAUUGUUCCGCGCUUUUAAUUGAUGAAUGCGCGGGCGAAAAUAAGGUUAUCGAUCAAUCGGAGUGCCCGGAAUGUAGGAGGUUGUUUUGUGCAAAGUGUAAAGUUCCAUGGCAUUCAGGAUUUGUGUGUGAAGAAUUUGACAAGUUUAACAAUGAUGAAAGGGAGGUUGAAGGUUUACAACUUAUGCAACUUGUUAAGAAUCAAGAAUGGCAAAGAUGUCCAAGUUGUAGGAUGUAUGUUGGGAGAUCAGAAGGUUGUGCACAAAUGAAAUGCAGGUGUGGAUGUGACUUUUGUUACAAAUGUGGAGCUCAUUCAAGUGAUCACUACUGCAGUAAUUGUGGUACUUAGAAGACAUUUACUUUACUUUUAAGACAUGUGCAAUAGACCCUAAUUGUGGUCCGGUUCUUUCUUGGACCCCACGAUGUGCUGAGAACUUUAGUGCACUAGACUAGUGCCUUUUUGUUUUGUAAUUCCAA